ACUAUUUCCCGUACCUAUCAUCUAACCGAACCAAUCAUCAAUUUCAAAAGUCCAUUUGGGACAGAUUUCCAUUUCAUCAAGAAAGCUUUAAUAAAGUCGACUUCUUCCCACCUGUUGGCCUUUUCUUUUUACAUUCUACAUUCAAGAAUAGAUUUCUUUUUUACAACACACAAUCUUUCCCAAAAACCAUCUUGGUAAACAUAUCAUCAUGGCCAGUGGAAACAGAUCUUCCCUCUUUGUAGGGUUGUCUGCACUUUUCUACCUUGUACUCUUAUUCUCUCCCCUCGCUCUCUUCCAAACAGCACAUGCACAGUCCGAUCAGGAUCCUCUGCAAGAAUCUUAUGGCACAGUUAUUGGUAUCGAUCUCGGAACUACUUACUCUUGCGUCGGUGUGAUGCAAAAGGGAAAAGUUGAGAUUUUGGUAAACGAUCAAGGACACAGAAUUACACCCUCUUAUGUCGCCUUCACCGAUGAAGAAAGAUUAGUCGGAGACGCAGCCAAGAACCAGGCUGCUGCCAACCCAAAGAACACUGUUUUCGAUGUCAAACGUAUGAUCGGUCGCAAGUUCAACGACAAGGAUGUUCAAGGUGACAUGAAGCACUUCCCAUUCGAUGUUGUCCAAAAGGAUGGCAAGCCUUCCGUACAAGUUGAAUACCAAGGAGCAAAGAAAACCUUCACUCCUGAGGAAGUUUCCGCCAUGAUUCUCGGAAAGAUGAAGGAAGUCGCCGAAUCUUAUCUCGGAAAGACUGUUACCCACGCAGUUGUUACUGUUCCAGCCUACUUCAACGACAACCAAAGACAAGCUACUAAGGAUGCUGGUAUCAUUGCCGGCUUGAACGUCCUCCGUAUCGUUAAUGAACCUACCGCCGCAGCUAUUGCUUACGGUUUGGACAAGACUGGAGGUGAACGUCAAAUUAUCGUCUACGAUCUUGGUGGAGGAACUUUUGAUGUUUCCCUUCUCUCCAUUGAUCACGGUGUCUUCGAGGUUCUUUCUACUGCCGGUGACACUCACUUGGGAGGAGAAGAUUUCGAUCAAAGAGUCAUCAACUACUUCGCCAAGAAGUACAACAAGGAGAACAAUGUCGAUAUCACCAAGGAUCUUAAGACCAUGGGUAAACUUAAGCGUGAGGCUGAGAAGGCUAAGCGUACUUUGUCUUCCCAAAAGACCACUCGUAUCGAAAUUGAAGCUUUCCAUAAUGGUAACGACUUCUCUGAGACUCUCACCAGAGCUAAGUUCGAGGAGCUCAAUAUGGAUCUUUUCAAGAAGACCCUCAAGCCUGUUGAACAAGUUCUCAAGGACGCUAAGGUCAAGAAGGGUGAAGUUGAUGACAUCGUCUUGGUCGGAGGUUCUACCCGUAUUCCAAAGGUUCAAGAACUCAUUGAGGAGUACUUCGGAGGUAAGAAGGCCAGCAAGGGUAUUAACCCUGAUGAGGCUGUUGCUUUCGGUGCCGCUGUCCAAGGUGGUGUCUUGUCCGGAGAGGAAGGUACUGAGGAGAUUGUUCUCAUGGACGUCAACCCAUUGACCCUUGGUAUUGAGACCACUGGAGGUGUCAUGACCAAGCUGAUCCCAAGAAACACUGUCAUCCCAACCCGCAAAUCUCAAAUCUUCUCUACUGCCGCCGACAACCAACCAGUUGUUUUGAUUCAAGUCUAUGAGGGAGAACGUACCAUGACCAAGGAUAACAACAACCUCGGUAAAUUCGAGUUGACUGGUAUCCCACCAGCUCCACGCGGUGUCCCACAAAUUGAGGUUUCCUUUGAGCUUGAUGCCAACGGAAUCUUGAAGGUUACCGCUGGUGACAAGGGUACUGGAAAGUCCGAGUCUAUCACCAUCACCAACGACAAGGGACGUCUUACUCAAGAAGAAAUUGACCGUAUGGUCCAAGAAGCUGAGAAGUACGCCGAUGAGGACAAAGCUACCAAGGAGCGCAUUGAGGCCCGUAACGGUCUUGAGAACUACGCUUUCAGCUUGAAGAACCAAGUCAACGAUGAUGAGGGUCUUGGUGGCAAGAUUGACGAGGAUGACAAGGAGACCAUUUUGGAUGCUGUCAAGGAAGCCACUGAAUGGCUCGAGGAGAACGCUGCCACCGCAGUCGCCGAGGAUUUCGAAGAACAAAAGGAGAAACUCUCCAACGUCGCCUACCCAAUCACCAGCAAAUUGUACAGUGGAGCUGGUGGACCAGGUGGUGAUGAUGAGCCAGAGGGCCACGAUGAGUUGUAGUUAGUUAAAGUCUAGGCACGUUAUACUGCACUUUAUUAUGAUUUUUUUUUCUUUGACUGGUUCGGAGGGAUGGACCUGAGUUAAAGGGAAGGUACAUGUAGGCGAUUUAAAAGAAAGCUUUCAAGCUAUGCAUUGUAAUCCAUUGGGGGCGUCAUUCAUACAAAAAGAAUUGAUUGUUUAAGAUAUUUUGGUAUUUUGACUUUGUGUAUGUAUGUUCUCAUGUGUUUUGGUUUGCUGCCAC